CUGAAACUGUUGUUGUUCUGGUUCUGCCUCCAAACUUUUAGUUCUUACUUGUGUUGGUUUGUUGUUUCCAACCAUCCAGGCAGUAGAGAUGGGCUUCUGAGGAUUGGGAACUUGGCCAUUUGAAGUCAGUGUUGGCACUACUGGGGAGGCUGAGCUUGAUUUGUAGCCUGGUCUGGCAUGGUACGCGGAUGAUUCAUAGGGUUUGAGAAUGGUAAUGGCAGGAUCAUUGUGGAAAUCGUCGUGUUCAUGCUCAUAUUCGUGUUCAUUUGUUAGAGCAUUAGGGUUUUCCAGAACAAGUAGUGGUGCAGCAGCUGUAAUUCUUGAUUCAUCAACUCGAUUUUCUCCAUUCACCACCUUAAACAUACGGAGAAAAAGUAGCUUAACCUGGUGGAGGUGGUCUCAACAGCAACCACAAUUGCCAGAAGACAGGAAGAGCAAUGCCAUCUUUUUCAUACGAAGCUCUAAAUACGGAAGCAAUAGUAUUACCACUGAUGGUGGAAAAGGAUAUCUGGAAUCUACGGACCAAGAGUUGUUGAGCCAGUGUGAAAUGGGCACUUUCAAGACGUCAGGGCCAGGAGGUCAGCACCGCAACAAGCGAGAGUCUGCAGUACGCCUCAAGCACCUCCCUACUGGUAUUGUUGCACAGGCUUCUGAGGACCGAUCACAGCACAUGAAUCGUGCCUCAGCAUUGGCUCGCCUACGUACUCUUAUAGCUCUCAAAGUCAGGAACCCUGUGGAUCUCGAAGGUUAUUCCCCUCCUCGUGAGCUUCUUCAAAUUCUUCCCAAAUCAUCUUCCAUUAGAACGUCAGAUGUUGGUAAUCAAAUUGGACCCAACAAUGCCAAGUUUGUUUUCGGAAUGCAAGCUCUGUUGGACCUCCUUUAUGCAGUUGAUGGUUCUGUCUCAGAGGCAGCAAAGUAUCUGGGGUUAAGCACAGGUGCUCUGUCUCGGUUAAUACUCUCUGAUGAUUCUCUCCGACUGGUAGUCAAUGAGCUUAGGGCUUCUAAGGACAUGAAGCCUCUGAGGUAGAAUUUAUCAGAUGUUGCAGCUUUGCUGAACCAGAGUAUCAUGGCAUUUCAAAGCAAACGCAGAUAUCUUUAAUUGUCAGAUAAAUGGUAUAUAGAUUCAAUACAGCGAGAAGAAAGUCUUUCCUUUAGUUGUAGCAUCUAACACUAGCUUGUCUAGAGGAUUUACAGUGCAGUAACCGAAAUAGGCCACCAUGUGAGAGAAAAUGGGUUGCAGAAUUCCUUAUUAUGCCCAAUGAUGUCAAUCUGUGUGGUGAUCUCUAGCAUUCGACCAUGGAGGUUGGGCGUGAUAGUUGUCGCAGGCAUAAUUUAAGUACACGAUAUCCUCAUCGUUUUGGAAUGAUUUCAGUAUCGUUUAGAAAGCUAUCACUGAAAUUGAAUAAGAUCUGAUUACCUCAAUAGCUGUCUUCCGCAACUUGUUUCAGCUCCAAAAAUCUAUACUGCUGACCGUAGAUGAAUAUUUGAGUCUUGUACAACCGUAUACUUCCUUCGCUCACAACUAAAUGACGUAUUCCUCAAGCUUCAAGACUCUCAGGCAGGUACAAAAAGAAUUUAUAUAUAAGCAAUAUUUCUGGUACUACUACUGGUGGCAAAUGGAGAAACCGCCGGGGAGGUUCUCCAUUAAUAGGUCACAGAUGGGAAGAUUUCCAAAGUACGAACCACUCACAUAACCUUGUAUGCAUACUCGGUUUCAUUGCAUCAAAGAUGAUAAAACUCGUCACUAGUAACCGUCCCCAAGGCCUUUUUUGACGUCCAACUUUUUAACUGCAGCAGAAGCAGCACUUUGGCAGCUGCAGUAACAACUCCAUUACUCCAGUUAGGGAAGAGCACCCUUUUCUUGAGAGAUGAUAUGUAAGAAGAACAGAGUCGAUCUAGUAUGGAAGAAUGACAAGUGUGUUUGAUGC